CACAUGUCCGUGCGGAGUUGCCCUAAAAGAGGACAUUCUGUCAUGAUGUGUUGGGGGUUCUGGUUACCUAGCCCGCACCCACAUCUAGCAUCUUGGCAGACAUUGAUGCUGGUAAGGUAUUGGUUCAGCCCUAUACGCCCCGUGCGCAGCUGUAUGAGGACUGAGGAGGCUGCUCUCCGUAGCCCCUUCCAGUACCGCAGGACCUGCGGACCAGGCGCCAGAAUAAGACGUUUUAACACCUAGCAGCUCUACCACGAAAUAUGAUGGUUCAAGAAAGCUCAGACAGGGUUCUUUGGAUUGAUUUCGAUCGUGCCCAA